AUGGGUUGCACACCUUCUCAAAAUGGGAUCGUUCAAAUUCUUGCAAAGAAUGCAGCUAAACCUUUGAAGAAAAACAAAGCCAUACUUCCACCUGAGGAUCAUACUAAUGGAAUUACAAUUCCUUUGGCUGUCAACCUCAACGGUGAAACUAAUCAGAAAACCAGAGCAAAAGAUUCCGAUUAUGACAUUAAUCAUCCAGAAAAGGGCUUUUCUGAUGCAAGUGGUGGGCUGUCUACGAGUGGGUCUUUAUCAGAAGACCAGAGGAAACAUGGAACAGAUGGGACAGCUGAUGAAGGAAUGGUCAGUUUGACAUACCAAAAGAGAAGAACUACAAGGAAAUACAGUUCAACCUGUUCAGAGCAAGAGCUGACACAAGACACACAACGAGAUAGCAAUCUGAGGAAAGGCAAGAAAUCAAAAAGCCGUAAAUCUGGUAAACACGGCCGACACGCAAAACAGGAUCAGAUUGUUGUUGUUGAAACAGAAAAGAAAGUUGACUUCCCAGAGCUACUGGUUAAGGCUCACCAGGAUGCUUAUGCCUUCUUGAAUCCUAAUUUGUCAAAAUAUGAAGGUAUCAUUUCCAUGGCAAACCAAGCAACCCAGACCCAGCUGAUCAUGCAGCAGAUGGUUAGUUUCAUGGCCCUGAGAUUUGAUGAGAUCAAUCAGUGUUUGGGAGAAAUUGCUGAAGAUGGAGAAAAGCUUUUAAAAGAUGCGGGGGGCAGCCUCACCUGGCCAUGUGGAAAAGACAACCUUUCAGAACAUCCAGACUUACUGCAGCAGUUGCUACAGUAUACAGUAAACAGAAUGCAGUCUUUAAAUUGCACUGUGUCAUCGCUAACCACAAAUGCCUUGCAGGAAACUUGUCAUUUUUUACAGUCAGCCGUCGACAGUUUUCAGGAAAAACUAAAGAAAAAGGAACACCACGAGGAAUGCUUGCUAAAGAUGAUUAAUGCAUUGGAGGACUUAGCAGCUGGUUCUACACAGCCCCAUCGAAAUGAUUUGACUCUUUAUUCCGAGGACAGCGGAUUUGGGGGUGACGGUGAAUCCAUCAGAGGAUACAGAUCUCCUGAAAAGAUGGAAAGACGGGCAAGCGUUGACACAUCUGAACAUAUGAGUUUGGAACGAAGUGAAAUAAUUUUAUCAAAGGAAGGGUUAACCUGUGGAACUAACGUGGUUGAUUCUACUGCAGACUUAAAGGGUGGCUCUGACAGUGUAACUGAAGUAUCUCGAACACAAGUGGACAAUACAAGAGUUUCUAAGCAAAUCAGCAUUACCAGUAAUAGUUCAGUAAGCUCAAUUGGGACCUGUGCCACUCUAGAACAAGAUAGUGUUCAUGGUCAAGACCCGGACGAUUCAAGUAGCAGUGACAACAGCUAUGAAGAGAGCGAUGAUAACAAAAGUUUAUCAAGUCAAGUUAGCUUACCGCAAAGGCCUCUAACCUCUCCAGCAGGAACAUGCACUUAUAAACACUUACCUAAAUGGAUAGAAAACCCAGAUAAUGAGGAAAUGACACUGAAAAUGAAAGAAGCUAUAAGUGAAAAAAUCAAGUUUGUCCCUGGCAAAUCAAGCAGUAACGUGUGGACUAGAGAAGAAGUAAGUCGAGAAGUUGUAAGGCCCAGUACAGCAGAUGGAAGCAACAGGAGAACAUCUAGGCACAGAAGGUCUCGGUCUGCAGAGUCACUUAAAAGCCAGGGUGAAGAUCCUACUCUCUUGGAACUUCAGAGGACUCAAAAAGAACUCACGAAAAAGUUAGAACAACUGUAUUUAUCAAAUGGAACUAGAAGAAAGAAGGCACCACAAAACCGCAGUAAUAAAUCUUUUGUGCAUACAGGAUGCAUUAGUUCAAGUGCUGCUCCAACCAACAAACUCAAGGCCUGUCUUGAUAAAAGUUUUAAUAUAUUGCCAAGUCAGGAAAGAAUUGCAGUAAGAAAACAUAAUAUUGAUGUAGCAAAGGACCCAAAUGCUAAUCAAGACAGUCAUAUAGUAAGUACAACAUUAUCUAAACAGGAUGCAAAGAUUGUAGACAGUCCUAUUUUGGCUAUUAUUUCCCCAAGGCAGUCUGUGCGUAAACUUAUUCAAGCUUUCAGCCCAGAAGACAAUUCAAUAAAAACCUUAAAUCGGAAAACAUUGGGACCACUGAGAUGUGUUCGAAAAGUUGGAGUACCUGUCCUACCACCCACAAUUCCUGCCUUUAGAGGAUUACAGGCUUUAGAUAACAUUAGUGAUAAUUUGUCAACAGCUGAUGGGAAUCCCUCAAAUGCAAGUACAUGUAUCCCUCCUUUGGAAUCUUCACUAUUUCAGGAUUCUAACAAGACUUGCACAAAUGAAUCUGGGAUUGAAGACCUGGAGGACCUGCCUCCUCCUCCUCUCGAAAUACUGAUGGAUAAUUCAUUCAAUGUAUUUCAGUAUGAUGGUUCUAACUAUAAUACCUUACCUUGUGCAAUGAAGAAUGCAUCCACAACUUCAAAAAUGAAAGCAUCUAUUAAUAUAAAAGACUUGUUACCAAACAAAAAUAGUACUGAAGCAUAUAUCCCCACAGUUAAGACAUCUGGUAAAAAAGAACCAGUCAAUGGCCUUGGAAAAUUCUCUUUGCAGUCUGGUCAACACAACAGAGAGAAAGUUCCAGGUCUGGACCCUAUGAGAAAAAAUGAAAUCGAGGAAGUUGCACAUUUAUACAGGCAGUCACAUAAAAUAAUUCCUUUACAAAACCUCAGUGAUGGUGAAACAUUGAAUCCAAACCCUCAUAUUAAUUCUGUUAAACAAAGUACUCCUUUGUUUUUACCUAAGCAAAAGCAGUGUUCUCCAAAGUUACAGCAGAGUGAAAAGAGUCCAGUAACACUGAGAAGAACUUCCCCAACAAGGGCAACAGCCUCUUCUCCACCUACAGAGAGAAAAAUAGCAAGCCCUCCAACUAGUAGAGCUGUAAUUAAAAGUCGUUCCCAGGUACAACCUAGUCCUCCUCCAGUUCAGAAGAGCACCAGUCCUUCAGGUUCUUUCAGAGUACCAAGCCCCCCAAAUCCAUCCAAGCUGUCUAGUCCUCCAACCCUGCGCAAGUUACCAAGCCCCCAUCAGAUACGGCGACAACAAAGUCCACCAGGUCAGCAGAAGCUGCCAAGCCCUCCUCAGAUACAGCGACAACAAAGUCCACCAGGUCAGCAGAAGUUGCCAAGCACUCCUCAGAUACGGCCACAACAAAGUCCACCAAGUCAGCAGGGGCUGCCAAGCCCUCCUCAGAUACGGCGACAACAAAGCCCACUAGGUCAGCAGAAGCUGCCAAGCCCUCCUCAGAUACGGCGACAACAAAGUCCACCAGGUCAGCAGAAGCUGCCAAGCCCUCCUCAGAUACGGCGACAACAAAGUCCACCAAGUCAGCAGAGGCUGCCAAGCUCUCCUCAGAUACGGCGACAACAAAGUCCACCAAGUCAGCAGAGGCUGCCAAGCCCUCCUCAGAUACUGCCACAACAAAGUCCACCAAGUCAGCAGGGGCUGCCAAGCCCUCCUCAGAUACGAAGACAACAAAGUCCGCCAAGUCAGCGCAGGCUGCCAAGCCCCCCUCAAAUACAAAAGCAGCAAAGUCCACCAAGCCAACGUAGAGCAUCAAGUCCACCAAGCAGCCGACGUGAACCUAGUCCUUCCUCACAUAUUACACCUUCUCCUCCGCUUUCUCCAUCCUUUACACAUAAGGGACUAAGACGAAGCUCUGAUGAGCCACAGGCUUCCCCAAAAAUUAUUGGCAAUGCACAAUCAAUAUUUUGCCCGUCGUCUACAUCCCUAUUUGAAGCAAAACUUGCCUCUUCACCAUGCACAAAUAGCUCAGAAAUUACACAGAACCAUUCUUCUGUUUCUGUACUGAAACACAGUUUAUUGGGACGCCAGUAUGAUGACCAGCACAGAAGACUUGCAACAAGUGCUGCAAAUCCCCAACCUUUUGUUCGAAGAUGCUACUCAGACCGCAGGCCCAGAGUCCAGCUACGUCUGCCAACAUCGGUCUCUACUUCUGCACUCAGUGAACCUGCUGUCCAGCAAACUGGGCCUGAUGAAUCUACGCGGAAAGACAGCCAAUCAUCGACCAGUCCAGGCUUAACGGAUCCCAAAACUUCCAGCCAGAAGGCCUCUUAUCCAGAGCUGUGCGUGGUGGGACAAGGCCUCCAGUGA